AUGGACAACACAGCCGCCCGAAUAAUAACCAGCAUGGACAGGUCCGUGGACCCGUGCCAUGAUUUCUUCCAAUUCUCUUGUGGCGGCUGGAUUGAAAAGAAUCCCAUUCCUGACGACAAGCCAUCCAUCAGCACUUUCAGGAUACUCGAAGAUGAACUGGCACACAAUCUGCACGCGAUUUUGAGGGAGCCUCUCACAAACCAGUCCACAAUUGGUGAACGCAACAUGAAAAAUUUCUUCGACUCAUGUCUUGAUCUAGAGCAACUGGAUAAACUAGGGUUGGAACCUCUGAUGAACAUCAUCAACGAGUUUGGUGGAUGGCCCAUUAUAAAUGAUACCUGGAGAGAAGAUGAUGUCCAACUGACAGAAUUAGAUCCAGGAGUAUCACUUUUGCCGAAGAGAAUGUAUUUAGAUCCAAAUUUCAAUCAAUCCAUGCAAGUUUACAGAGCUGUUUUUGAAAAAGUCGUUAGUCAGUUUACUCCGAAGUUUAAUCUAUCAGACAUCCAAGAUGUUAUCGAUUUUGAGACGGCACAUGCUAAUAUCUAUCCAAGCGAAGAGCACAAGAGAUCGUACCGCACAAAAAAUUUUUACUCAAAUUUCGAUAACUUGACAUCUCUUUUUGGAGAAGUGUUUGAUUUCAAGUACGUCGUGCAAAAUCUUUUCCAAUUUGCCGACGUGGAGGUCUAUGACAACGAGACCAUCACAGUCGUCAACCUCCAGUACUUCGAACAGCUCGUCGAACUGCUCAAAAAAACUCCAAAGAGAACGGUGGUGAACACGUUGUUGUGGGACCUGGUGUCCAGGGCCAUCUUCUGGCUGCCACAGAAUUUGAUCAAAAUCGGCUAUGAAUGGCAUAAAGUUUAUUAUGGAGUAAACAAAGAGAAGCCGAGGUGGAACUACUGCGUGACCAGCACCAAUGAUAAUUUCGUCAUGACGCUCGGUCGCUUGUACGUCGAGAAUCAUUUUGACUCCAAAUCGAAAGAAUAUGCACUCGAACUGCUGGAGGUGAUCAGGGAGUCCUUCAAGGAACUCAUCGACGAUGCUGAUUGGAUGAGGCAGGAGACAAAGGUCAAGGCCAAGGAAAAAGUUGACUCAAUGAAGGAGAACAUUGGAUAUCCAGACUACCUCUUCAAUGAAACACUACGUCAGGAGGAAGUGAAGGAGUUGUCCCUAAGGAGUGACCGCCUGUUCCAAAACAUCCACGACCUCAUGCAGUCUCACCUGCUGAAGAAUUACAAACUCCUUCGUAUGAAGACCGACAAAAACAGGUGGGCUUCACCGAUUGGUAUGAUCAAUGCAUUCUACAACGGACCGAAAAACCAAAUUACAUUCCCGGCGGGCAUCCUGCAGUCCCCCUUCUACCACGAGUUCAAUCCAAGGUAUCUGAACUUUGGGGGCAUUGGCAUGGUCAUUGGACACGAAUUGACGCAUGGCUUCGAUGAUAAAGAACAAACAGCACAGCAAAGCGAAUUUUUUGACAAACUGCUCCACAUAUAUCUGGAACUAGCCUCCUCCAAACGCAAGGAGUAUGACAAGGAUGGCAACGUGAGGGAGUGGUGGACGGUGGACGACAACACGAACUUCCACCACAAAACAAAGUGCAUGGUCGAUCAGUACAGCAAGUACUACUUCGAUGGCUUCAAUGAGACGCUGAAUGGUAAUCUGACGCAAGGAGAAAACAUUGCAGACAAUGGAGGCUUGAGGCAAGCCUUCCUCGCAUAUAAGAAGUGGUCGAGUAAGCACGGGGAGGAACCAAUGCUGCCAGGUCUUCCCUACAACCCACAUCAACUUCUCUUCAUUAAUUUUGGACAAAUAUGGUGUGGUACAGAGAAACCUGAGCAUGCCAGACACACUUCCCAAGUUGGAAAACAUGCACCAGGAAAAUAUCGAGUGAUCGGUACGCUGGUCAACAUGUGGGAGUUCGCAGAAACAUUCAACUGCCCACUGAACUCACCCAUGAACCCAGCCAACAAGUGCAAAGUCUGGAAGUGAAGGUCGUCUCAAUGGAAGUCAAGCUCGUAAUAAAGAAACAUGACGUUUUGUGGUCGUUGUACAUUAUUUUAUGAAUAUAUUUUUGAGAAUGUUACCGAUGAAAAUAUUUUUGUUGUUCAACAAUUGUUAAGUAAUUUGCUUUUGUUUGUACUCUGGCAAAUUUCAUUUAUGACCAUGAUUGCAUCUUUAAUAAAACUUCAAAAGAUGUUCAUGCUUGAUUGAUUGGUUAAUUGAAGAUGAUGUUAUGUAUUUUGGUAUAUUUUUGUACCGUUAGUGGUUGUUAAUGUUCUCACCUUUUAAAGUGCUUCCUUGUCAUGAAAUAUCUUAUCAAACUUGCAUUAAAAUGUUUUAAAUUAAGUUUUCGGUGUUUGUGAAUUGAUAAAUUAUUUCAUGAAAGAAGUUUGGUUGUAAGAA